AUGAAGUUGUACCCUACCCGGCGGUCGCGGAGCCUGAGGUCGACGCGGUCAGUGCGUUUUCCAAACGAAGUUGUCUUCUUGGAUCACAUUCGACAGGGUGACCUGGAGCAAGUUGGGAGGUUUAUACGUGCUAGAAAAGUGACACUGGAUAAAAUCUACUUAACAGGCAUGGGUGCUUUGCACGAAGCCGUCCUCUCUGGGAAUCUGGAAUGCGUCAAGCUGUUGGUAAAAUAUGGAGCGGACAUUGAGCAAAGAGAUGAAAACGGCUGGACCCCUCUGCACAUGGCGUGUAGUGACGCACAUCCGCACAUUGCCAGGUGA